UAAUCAACGGUCCAAAACCGUUUUACUGAAAAUUCUUCAAUUCAGAAAAUUAAAAAGAAAAUUAAAAUGUGAGGUUCUCUCUCUUUCUCCCUUUCUUCUUCUUUUCUCUCUCUCUUACUAGUUAAUCAAACUCUUGUUAACUUCCUCUUUUAAGAGGCAUGACGAGCAUUGCAACAACCCAUUCCAGUAUAUUGUCAUCUGGGACUCAACAAUGUUUUACUGGAAGGUUCAGUGAAGGUAGAGGUCAGAGAUAUAAAGGGCCAUUACUUCCAUAUAAAUCAAGCUUUUGUCAAAGCCGUGAUCUUGUCUACUAUAGUCACUGUCAAAAAUCUGGUAAACAUCAUGCUGUUUGCUCCAGCUCAGUAAAUAUGAAUGAUCCAGUCGAGCCAGAAGAUGAAAACUCAAAGAAGGAAUCAUCAAAGCCUGAAGGCCAACCGGCAAGUAGAGAGAGUUACAGGGACAAUCUGGAAAGAAUUAUUGGAGUGGAUGACUCUACUUUUAGUGGGGCAGACCUUGCAGCUAUUAUAAGAAACAAAUAUGGAAGGUCCUAUGAUGUACAACUCAUAAAAAAGGAGUUCAUGGGAAGAAACCUUCUUGCAAUGAAUGUCAUGUGGAAGUACAGGGAGCAGAGAUCAUUCCCGUUAACUGAAGAAGAGUACAUACUGAGGCUUGAUGAUGUGGCAAACAAUUUGAGAUGUUGGGGUGCUGUCUCACAUAUCCGAAGCAGCCUUGCAAAGUCAAAGGAGCGGCCACGAAUUGGAAAGGCUGUAAGCAUAUUCAUAGACAUGGAUGAAUCUGGCGCUCGUUCAAAUGAAUGGAUCUACAAAUGAGUUUUUGUGAGAAUUGUAACUUACAGGUCAGGCAUUGGAGUGACCCUUUUUUUUGUUGAAAGAAGUAGCCUUCAGAGGAAACAAGGUCGAGAUGAUGAAGUUACAUGUUCACCUUGUUUAGCUGCAAAAUCUUUGAUCUAAUAGUGUGUUUUAUAUAGCAUAUACAUGUAUAUAGGAUUUGUUAUGUCAAUUGAAAUAUUUUCAAAAACUGUUGGAUUACAGCAUUCCAUGUUAAUCAUUAUGGCACUCAAUUUUCACCGUCAUUUGGGAACCAAAUCUUGAACCUUUAUACAA